UCUGAAUUAUGGUUCAGCCUUUAUUCUAGUCAUGUCAAUAUCUAACAAAGACACGUUAUCAAUGCUACUCUGUUAUUAACGUGUAUGAUAAAAUAGUAACAGCAUACAUUGCUAAAAUAAAUAAUAGGCUAAAUACAAAUAAAUAAUAUUUAAAGCCAGGUUUAUUAUGUAAGCUAAGCGAAGAACCUCAUAUUUUCUUAGACCUGUCUGUCAGCUUCAGAGAAUGACGCAAGGCGUUAUGAGCAAGUGUGAGCGCUGUUGUGUUGCAGGUCGCGGAGACGUUACUACGACAUGAAAGUGUAAUCAAAACAACCUAAAGUCAACAGGAAGACACUGUGACUUUCUCAUGAUGUCUAGAAUUCAGCAAAACGUGUUUUAACAGCAAGGUAUAGUAUCUCAUCGUUGUGUAGGGAAACAAGCUAGGAUAAACGUUAGCUUUAGACAGGUUUAACCAGGUUAAAAAUGAUCACUAUUGUCAUGUAAAUCAUUAGCUGCUUGCUACCUGCCAAGUGCGUAAAUCUGAGAUGACUGUUGUCAUGAACACAACACAACAACAAAUGUCCAAAGCAAUUUGGCCUAAAUGCAAAUCUUACAAACUGAACAAGAAUCCAACUGUUUCAGAGUGCGCGUGAGACUUGCGGGAAUGUUAAUCUGUCCAGGUUUAAAAGUGUAACUCCGAUCUGUGUGAACACAUGCGUGAACAUUCUCUCCUAAAGUAAUAAUGGCUUUGCUAAAAUAAAAGAAGGAAUUUCGUCGGCGACAUCUGUGCCCUCGCAGCAUCAACAUCCCGCCUAAUUACUGAUGCCCUCAUUCUUUUCUGUCGGCUUAACUGGGACAAAGACUUUCUCCAAGUUUGGCCUGCCCCUUUAACAGCAGUGCAGCCCUAGUGGUGAUUAUCGGACUGUCCGAUUCCCUGGAAACUCUGCUGCGGCGCAGCUCUCACUUUAAACCGGGAUCAUGGCGGCUCCGCUCGGGCGGGACACACUACCUGAUCACUGGUCCUACGGAGUGUGCAGGGAUGGCAGGGUGUUUUUCAUCAACGACAAAACUCGCGACACUACUUGGCUCCAUCCCCGCACUGGCGAGCCUGUCAACUCAGGACACAUGAUACGAUCAGAUUUACCGCGGGGAUGGGAAGAGGGCUUCACCGAGGAAGGCGCCAGCUACUUCAUAAACCACAACCAGAGGUCGACUACGUUCAGGCAUCCUGUGACGGGACAUAUCUCCUCAGAAAACACUGACUUCAUUUUACAGGACCAGGCAAAUUUACGCAUGUCCAAGCCACCACCAGAAGCGAGGCCUCCCAGCAUGGUCAGCGAGUCCUCUGUGGCCAUUUCCUCAUCCCCUGCGGACGCCACCUCAGGAUCCAGGAAUCUGAAACCCAGUGGGAAGGUGCAUUGCUUUGGCAAGCGUGACCAUUCCAUCAAAAGGAACCCCAAUGUCCCGGUGGUGGUGAGAGGAUGGCUCUACAAACAGGACAGCUCAGGCAUGAGACUGUGGAAGAGGAAAUGGUUUGUGUUGUCUGAUUACUGCUUGUUUUAUUAUAAAGAUAGUCGAGAGGAGACUGUUUUGGGCAGUAUACCUCUGCCCAGCUAUGUAAUUUCUCCUGUGGGACCCGAGGAUCACAUCAGCCGCAAGUAUGCCUUCAAGGCCUGCCACACGGGAAUGCGCUCCUACAUUUACAAUAAGAAUUCUCUGAUUGGCUCGCAGGCCGAGCACUGUGGCAUGAGGACUUACUUCUUCAGCGCCGACACACAAGAGGACAUGAAUGGCUGGAUCCGGGCCAUGAACCAGGCUGCGCUGAUGCAGAGCCAUGGCAUGAAGAGAGAAGCUGAAAGAAGCUCCAAACCUGAGCAGCAUGCCGUCCCACAGACCAACCAUUUCAGCAGCAGCAAAGGCUCAUCCCAGGCAGAGAGCGCCCAGCAAACACAUAUAGAGGUGGCGGAGCUGAGGCCGCAGCGAGAUGGAGACGAGUGUUACGUUUACAGCAAGGAUAUAACCGAGGAUCCUGUUAAACUCAUGUCCCCUGGAGAAAUGGAGAUGGAGGCGCUUUCCCAAUCAGGUGCUCAUUCACGGCCUCCGUCCACGGUGCCCACUCAAAGGAACGGACUGCCCUCUUCAGGCAUUCCUCCUGAUCAGAACGGCAACGUAGUGUAUAAGAGAGGUCUCGUCCCACGUACAGACACUGAGAAAAAGGUACAGAGAAAAACUGCGCUUGCUCAGGUCGAGCACUGGGUGAAAGUGCAGAAAGGAGACCCCAAAAGCCAUCCCACUGCUGAGUACACUCUACCCAGACGGACGCCUCCACUCCAGCCCAAGUCCGUCAUGAUGGACACAUACCAGUCGUUGCCAAAGACCACGCGCCACCACUCCGGAAGCAGUUCUCCCCCUGUGCCGCGCAACCUGCCCAGUGACUAUAAGUACGCCCAUGACCGUCUUAGUCACUUCCGCAUGUCCACCGAUGAGCGCAUGGCCACUAAAGAGGGCAUGGUGUGGCAGCUAUAUGAGUGGCAACAGCGGCAACAGUUCCGCCACGGAAGCCCGACAGCGCCCAUCUACACCGGGCCUGAUUACAUGGACACCUCCGCCUUUAGGGUCACUCUGGAAAUGCCACGAUCCAUAUCCGUGCCCCCAUCGCCAUGUGACAUGCCUCCAUCAGGGCACCCCUCGAAAUCCCUCUCCCCACGCAGGCCUCAUACGCCCGCAGACAGGGUGACGGUGCGCCCGCUGGACGACUUUGCCACCGUGGAUACACCCAUUUUGGGUUCUCCCAGAGGAAUAUGUUCCCAGAUCUCAAAGACCUCACAACUAGAAAGGAGAUCCAUGCCAACAAUGGGCUACAUCACACACACAGUCAGCGCUCCAAGUCUGCAUGGAAAAACGCCGGAGGAGUUGACUCUGCUGCUCAUCCAGCUCAGGAGACACCGGGCCAAGCUGGCCAGCGUGCGCAGCGACACAUUCACACACCUCCAGAACCAGCACAACGGCCUCUCAGGCCCCAGUUUGCAGGCAGAUGACACUUACAUCCAGCUGAAGAAGGACCUGGAGUAUCUAGACCUGAAGAUGAAAAGUAUUGAGCCUCUCAUCUAUUCGGUAACCGGACGUGACUCGCUUAAAGAUCGACCGCCUCGGCCUGUUAAAAUUGCAGAAAGUGACAUAGACGUAAAGCUAAGUAGGUUAUGCGAACAAGACAAGAUCCUACAGGAGCUGGAGGCCAGGAUACGCACACUUAAAGAAGAUAAGGACAAGCUGGAGUCAGUUCUGGAUGUUUCUCAUCAGCAGAUGGAGCAGUACCAGGACCAGCCUGCCCAUGCAGAGAAGAUUGCCUACCAACAGAAGCUGUUACGAGAGGAUGUGGUCCACAUCAGGGCAGACAUCUCACAGGUGUCCACGGAGAUGGAGAAUGCCUGGUCAGAGUACAGCCACUUGGAGAGAGAUGUAGACAGACUGCGUUCAGCCCUUCAAGACCAGAUGACCCACAGUGCUCUCUCUCAGCAGGAGAAAUCUCAAAUGAGGAAGGAACUGUGGCGGAUCGAAGAUGUGCUCGCAGGCCUGAGCUCAAGCAAAGCAAACUACAGAGUGAUCAUUGACUCAGUGCGUAAUCCAGGUGAGAGCGGCCCCCUUCCUGCCAUCACCCCCAUGCACUGGAACACAGCCAGAGAGAGGAAACUCGUGCCUUCAGCGUCAUUGUCCGCAGUGCCUUCGCUCUCCGACAGCCCGUCCAUGGGGGAACUAAAAGCUGCUCAACCCAGCCCACAUCUCAGCCCUGUGCAGCCAUGUACCCAACAGCCUCUGCAACUCUCGCACACAGCCCUCACGCCAAAAUGGCCUGAAGAAGAUGCUCCUCCCAGACCGCCUCUCCCUCACCUCUACAGCCCAGACGAACACCCUCCAGCUGUGCCCCCUCUGCCCAAAGAGACCUCUGUCAUCCGACACACUUCAGUUCGGGGUCUGAAACGGCAGUCUGAUGAGCGCAAGCGCGAUCGUGAAAUCGGACAGUUCUCUAACGGAGAUCACAAGGUUGAGAUACGGGCAUUCCUCAGCGAGCCUGAACUGCUGGUGGUCGGUGGACAGAUUGGGGGCUUGAGCCGUGAUAGUGGCUACCAAACUCUACCAAACAGAGGUUUGACAAGCUCCUCUUCAAGACUGAACCAGUCAUCAAACAUUUCAUCAUUUGUCACCCUCAGAAGAGGACUCACCACCACAAGCUUGAAGGAGAGACCAAAGAGUGCCUUGGAGCGUCUGUACUCCGGAGAGCCUGUGCAGCAGCGCGGACGCAUGAGCGCAGAAGAGCAGCUGGAGAGGAUGAAGCGCCACCAAAAGGCUCUGGUACGAGAGCGCAAGAGAACCCUCAGCCAGGGCGAGCGGCAGGCCUCCACGUCUCGCGCUUCCUCCUCCUCCACCUCCAGACCCGUCUCUGCAGACCUGGGAUCAUGGAGAAGAGAGCAGGACUUUGAUUUGCAGCUUUUGGAGCGAGCUGUGAUGGGUGAGGAGAGACCAGUGGAGCACAAAGAAAGACAGCGCUCUCAUUCAGAUGAAUGGCUCACCCUGAGCAGCACACCCAUGAGAGAGCUGGAUCUAGAGCCUCUGGACUACCAGCUUGACCUCAGCAAAGAGCUGUCAAAGCCACAGAAGGUCACCAUCCCUGAGCGCUAUGUAGACAUGGAUCCAGAGGAGCCCCUUAGUCCUCAGGAGAUGGAGGCCCGACAUCGAAAAGUGGAACGAAUCAAGAGCAUCCUGGCUAAAUCUAGUGUUCAGAAUAUACCUCCUCCAGCAGCAGUAGACAAGCCGGUGGUGCCGGAUAUAGAUUCAGCUCUACAGGAGCAGGAGAGAAUCAUCACCAUGUCCUAUGCCUUAGCAUCAGAGGCCUCGCUCAAGAGCAAACAAGUGGCAGCCUCACCGCCGGUUAACAGUCCCACCUCACUCCCUCCACCUCCACCACCUCCUCCUCUUCCUCCUUCUGCUCCUGUCUCUGUCUCUGCGGCUCCGUCUGCUCCUCCUCCCCUGAGCAAUGGAAUUCACUACACCUUUGUCUAAUCAGAAAAAACAAAAGAGGAGGAGGGUGGAGAGUGUUUACCUGUCAACUAUUUAGUAAGCCAAAGCUGUGUCUGGAUAUUGAGGUGCUGUCACUUUCUGAAAACCGCACUAGUGGUGGACAAACUUAAACUCUGCUUAUCCGAUCACAUCGCUCACAUUUAGAGAUGACCUAUAGCGCACUUUCGGACUCACAUGGGAACUCACUCCUGAAAUGCAUUUGUUUUUGUAGAGCUAUCAUUUGAUAUGGACUUGUUGCUGUGGAAACUGCUGUGCGUAUGCUGUACAAAGUCUAACCAUGAUAACCCAGACAUACAGUAGAGAGCCAUUUUAUAUCCAUUCUUGCACUUUUAAUAUGCGCCGUAUUGUAGAGAACAAUGGAAGCUCACAUUUUACUUCUCUAGACAAGAAGUUUGGAGUUCAGUUGGAAACUUUAACGGUAACAUAAUGACUAAAUAAAGUAUUAUUCGUGUGACGCGUCAUAUACAGUACAUGAAGGGUACAAAUAUAUGUCGGAUAUUAUUGUAUUUUGUCAAUUCAGAUGAUAUUCUUACACCAAAUCACUUGAAAUAUUAUUUUUAUGUAUCCAGCACUGCCAGUUUCCAGUUAGCUUGCCAAAUGCAUUUUAUUUUUGUUGAUAAAUUUAGGGUGGGGGGUUUGGGGGGGGGAUAAUGUUAAUAUUUUCAAACAGGAUUUGUUGGGAAAUGGGUCGGGGAGGGAUAUGGCACAUUUUUUUUUUAAAGAAACUGUAAAUAUUAAAGAUAUUAACAAGC